AUGACUUCCGCUAUAGCCUAUGAAAAUCCCGAUCAUCGCAUGCAAUCAUCAGAUAUGUUGAUCUCGAAAAAUUAUCACAUACGACAAUGGCUAGUGAUCGUUGGCCUUGUGACAAUUGGUUUGCUAUUAAGUGUGAUAUUUAUCAAUUGCAUUCUUCGAAUACGUCGCGUUUACCGACGGAUUGAACUUGACGAAGAAAAAGGUUCAUCAGCUUGUACGCAAUACGAAAAUGUUUAG